UGUCUGUCUGUCUGUCUGUCUAUCUAUCUGUCUGUCUUUUCUUUCAUCUAUCUAUUUAUCUGUCUGUCUGUCUGUCUAUCUAUCUAUCUAUCUAUCUGUCUGUCUGUCUGUCUUUUCUUUCAUCUGUCUAUCUAUUUAUCCAUCUGAACACACAAAUGGUCCUCUAAAAGCGAACACUUUACUGAAGAGCUCUCUGUUUGAAACUAAGGCUUGUCCAUUUAUUAAGUUGUUUAAUAUGAUUUAUUUUUUUAUUUUUUUUUCGAUAGAAUUUUGAAAAUGUUAUAACUCAAUCGACCCUUUUGACAUCAAUCUUUAUGUUCUUUGCUAAAAUCGACAACAUUCACGACACAGAUAUACUCUGAUCUUAAUGGAUACGUUUGAAAGGGGCUCUAAAUUGGGAUUGGGUAUAUGCUGCACUUUAUCAGCUGAAGUGAGCAUUAAACCACUUGAUCUUUCUGAAAUCAAGCGCGGCAUGGUGCGGAGGAAGCGAUCAUUCGCUCUGAUGCGUGAUGUGCCCUCUGUCCUUUUACACACGCGAGCGCAAUCUGUGAUGAAAGUUUUAAAAUGUCUGAAAUGUUUGAACGGCACAAGGUCUCCGUCGUAUUUAUAGUGUAUUUCGUUAUCAUUUGCUUCAUUUGUGCUCUUUAGUUUUUUUUUAGCAAACCUUUCUCACUUUUUUUCACUCAAUAAUGCUAAUUUUUAAAUAGGCUAUAGCCUAGGUCGUCAUGCAAUCUUAUGUAAACUCUUAAUGCAAAUAUACAAGGAAAAAAAAAAAAAAAAGACAUGUCAGUGUAAUUUAUUCAAAAUAAUUCCUUUUAUCCAUUCAGGACACAAGCUGUUUCAAUUAUUGAGUCUUCCGAGAUGCAUUACAUUUACAUUAGUUCAUUUACCUAACGCAUUUAUUUGUUUUAUAUUUGACAAUAGAGUGCUAGGAUAGGUCAGGCUACUGAGUGGGAGGGAAGAGUUCGCUUCAUGACGCCCGUCUUGACAUCACUCAUACUCGGGUACUGAGGAGAACCGCUGCGCUGAAAUGAAGCCAGAGCGGCUCGCGCGAGCCCACCACUACUUGAAGCUGUCACUGAGGUAAUGCGCGAGGUACGUUGGAGGCAUUCAACUUGGAGCAAGCUGCGCUGAGUGAGAUACUGUGACUAAAACGGGAGCAACACAAGGGGAGAAGGAUAACUGUAUACUUUCAAACAUUACACUACUUUUAAGUGCUUGGACUUACCCGAAAAAUUGUUCGGCGUACCGCUAUUUCUUUGUUAAGCCGACUUUCUCCAUUCAGGAAUGUUACGACGACUCAACAUCUUGUGAGUUUUCAGUGUGUGAAGAACAAAGACAUUAAAUGUUAGCAGGUGGCAUCACUUCUGUGUUGACAGAGCAAAAUGAUGUGCUUAAUUUCUUCUUGAAAACUUGUGAAAACUGUGAGGGGAAAUUGGCACUCGCUGCUGCGCGCUCUAGGGAGAUUUAUAUUUAAAGCCUCGCGCUCUGUGGAAGGUUGCGCAUCUGGAACUGCGGUUGAGAAGAUUAGUCCACCCAAAGUGGCAGCGCAUUGGCAGCCAUGGAAAGCGCCUGCUCUGCCGGUGCGAGUCUGCCAGGCUACAACAUCAAUGGCACCGGAGGCACAUCUACACCAACUUGUAACCAGAGCAUGCUGAAACUCGCUCCAUACUCUCCAGAAGCCACAGCAGCUUUUGCAACAGCCAUCACCUUGAUGAUCGUUUUUACAAUUGUGGGCAAUAUUCUGGUCAUCAUAGCUGUUUUAACUAGCCGCUCGCUUAGAGGACCCCAGAAUCUCUUCUUGGUCUCUCUUGCAGCCGCGGACAUCUUGGUGGCCACCUUGAUCAUCCCAUUUUCGCUGGCCAAUGAACUGAUGGGCUACUGGUAUUUCCGCUCCGUAUGGUGUGAGAUCUACCUGGCGUUGGAUGUGUUAUUCUGCACUUCCUCUAUAGUACACCUGUGUGCCAUAAGUCUAGACCGCUACAUGUCCAUCUCACGUGCCGUUACAUACGGUCCAAAGCGGACGCCCAGACGCAUCAAAUGUGCCAUUUUGGUGGUAUGGCUGAUCUCAGCAGUCAUCUCCUUCCCACCCCUGCUCUCCAUGAACAAGAAUAAAGGUGGGGGAGAUUCAGAUGGGGGACCACAGUGCCAGCUCAAUGAUGAGCGUUGGUACAUCCUGUACUCUACUAUUGGUUCCUUCUUUGCUCCUUGCCUGAUUAUGAUCUUAGUCUACAUGAGGAUCUACCAGAUCGCCAAACAGCGCACACGCUGUCCACCAGGGGAGCCCCGGAAAGAGGUCCCGGCCAACGCCUCCACCUCCAAUGGUGGAGGAGAGGAAACGCCUGCUACCCCGCAGAAAAACCCUACAAUGCCUCGGCCUCCAACUCUCGCUGUGUCCCAAGUGGACCCUGCUCAGCUGUGUAAAAUGCAGCCUGCAGGCACCCCAAUCGACAACAUCCUCCUGCAACCCCCUUUAACAGCCCCGACACCAACCAUCACAUAUUCUCCUCCAUGCCCCUCCCUUUCUCUUUCUCCUUCCAAUUCAUCUGAAGUAGUUCCUAAUAAACCUAAAGAUGGGAAAAAGGAGAAAAAGACCAAUAAACAGGCAGACAACAAUAAUGGAGAAAGCUUGAGCUCGGACUCAGACACAGAGCAAGGUUGUAGGGGGGCAGAGGUGCCUUGCACCCCCAGUGUAAUUCCCAGUGGCAUCCACUCUCCUGCCACAACCCAGAAAUACAGAGACAUGAUUGCCACAGCAAAAGGGGCAAAGCUUGUGACUCGAAAGGCAAAGCAGGAAGGAACGGCCAGUUCUACACGGCGCAAAGCCAUGGUGAACAGAGAAAAACGCUUCACUUUUGUGCUAGCAGUAGUGAUUGGUGUCUUUGUCAUCUGCUGGUUUCCUUUCUUCUUCUCCUACAGCCUACAGGCUGUGUGCCCAGAAACCUGUGCUCUCCCAGAGCCCCUCUUUAAGUUCUUCUUCUGGAUUGGCUACUGCAACAGCUGCCUUAACCCAGUCAUUUACACCAUCUUCAACAAAGACUUCCGUAGAGCCUUCAAAAAGAUCCUUUGCAAGAACACCAAAGGCACAUUCUUCUAAGGUUUCUGAGGUGGAUCGGCUGUUCAAAUAACAAAUAUACAGCUAUUCUGAACAUGGACUAGAGAGAAAGACUAAAAACCGCACAAUAACAGUGCUGUUGCAAUGUAAAUGAAGGGCUUUUUUUUUGCUGCCCAGUUAACCAAGGACACCAUGCUACUCUCAAGUGACUAUUUUUUGGUCCAGCUGACUGUCUCAGGUUUGGGAUUCCUGGACUAAUGCUACUAAAUGUGGCUCAUCCAAAAAUAUUUACAACAGAGGGAGGGAGGGGGAAUGCAUAGACAAAUCAUGGCUGAAAACAAAAGAACUUAUUUAAACUAUAUGGCACACCUGCAAGGACAAGGCACAGUGCAUGGAGCACAAAAAGGUUAUUGUAUUUUGUUAUCUUGCCUUUAUGAGAAAACCAGGCCUUGGGCAUAAUGCAAACAUGGAUCUGUGUAGGGAUUUUAAUCCAAUCAGAAUUAAACUGUUCAGAUUCUCUUAAAUCUUUACUCAGAGCUUUUAAAAGAGAAACUUUCCAUGCUUAUUAAUUUGUCUUAUGUCUAUACACCAUUAUUUCUGAUGAACAAAAAAGAGAGAGCGACAACAAUGCUCUUGUUGAACUCCUUGCCUAAGGCAAUGUGUAUGAAAUGAGCUGAUGCAGGUUUCUCCAAUCAAACUUUAAUGCUUCUAGUUACAGAUCCCCCUAGUGCAGGACCAUAGGGGAGAUUCCCUGCCAUGCCCAUGUCUUCUGCUCCUUUGAUGCGUAGAGGCUCGGUGAAUAUAGAACACCUCUGUCUCUUUCCACCAGAUUAUCUCACAAAUACUUGAACUGAAGAUAAAUCCUUACAGGAACAUGCUUAUCAUGAAAACAUUUGAUAUGUAUUAGGACAAAUGGUCUUUUAUUAAUCUUUCCCCUAAUUCUGACACUUUGCAUUAUCAAAAACGCAUCCUCUAUAUACUUUGAUGACUGUGUCAGAAAAUAGGAACACCUCCUGAUUUCUUGGACUAGUUUUGGAGGUACCCUUUCUGGCUUCUGUUUCAGCACUUUUCUUUGUUAAAACGAAACAACUGAACAACAUUUUUUUUUGUCUCUAAACUGAUCUACUGCACCCUACAUGCCUGAUCAUUCAGCAGGGUGAUACUUUGGGAUUAAGGGCUGAUAGCAGUUAUGCUUUCCAUUUCUUCAUUGUCUUUUUGCUGAUGAUCCCUUUGUGUGUGUGUGUUAGUGCAAAGCAAAUACUGUGAAUGAUGUUUGCGUAUGUAGGCUGGGUGUGCGUAUGUUGCAGUGUGGAGAUGUUUAUUUGUUUUUUUUUUUGUUUUGUUUUUUGCGCGAGCGAUGGUGUCUGCUUCCAUUGGCACCAACUGGAGUAUAUAUGUGUAUGUGCUUAAUAAAUGUGGCUGGUAUGCAAUAUGUGCCAUCUUAUGCCAGUGCUUAUGAUUCAGCUGCUUCUUGUGCCAAUACUUUUACAUGUUUUGCUGCUAAACUCAUUUAGUAUCUUCUUAAACCAACCAUACAAUAGUGUGGGUACAUGACCAGAGUUUUUUUUUAAUAAUCUUUUUAUUAUGCUGACAUUGCAGUUCAUUUUGAACUGAUCAUUUUGAUUUUAGAGAAGAUUAAAAAGCUGACAGCUGUAAAUUAUCUUGGGUUUGUGAAUGAUUUUGUAUUUAUUUAUCCUGCUGUUUUCUGUUGUUCCCCUUUUGUAUAUAUUUUCCCAUUUAUUUUCUUCCAUUGGGAAAAAUGCAUUUGAGAGGUUCAGUUUUAGUUACAAAACAAUUAAAAUCUUUUAACUACUGUAAAUUUUGAGAUGAUUAUUUUUUGUUUGUGUCAGAGUGUUGCAUUUGGGCUGCAUUCUCUAAAGCUUUGCUAUUUACUCCUCUUUUUCAAGUGUAAUGCUGUUGGUUUUCCACUACUCUUUAAAAAUAAAACCGCUGAGCUGUG